AGGAGCAGUUGGGCUGCUAAAUGCUAAAUCAACAUGUCCUCUACUGAUGGGAAUAAUGGUCCAAGUCAAGCACCACCAUUUCCUGGAGUCCCCCCAUCAGGAAUCCCCCCACCUUUUAUGGGACCCCCUGGAAUACCACCUCAUUUUCCGCCAAUGGGAAUGCCACCCAUGGGCCAGAGGCCUCCAAACAUGGCUCCUAUCCCUGCAGGGAUGAUGCCACCACCCAUGAUGCCACCAAUGGGUGCCCCUCCAAUCGGACAGAUUCCUGGCAUGAUGCCACCUAUAAUGCCGCCAAUGAUGCCACCACGUAUGCCAGCCACAGCGAUGCAGCCAACAGGACCGCCCGGUGUUAGCCCUGUGGACACUGCUACUCCUGCUCCGCCUGGAACUACUAGUGUGACCACUAAUUCCUCUUCCCCUGAUGAACAGCCCAAAAAAAAAUCUGUUUGGACAGAGCAUAAAUCUGUGGAUGGGAAAAUCUAUUACUACAAUACAGAGACAAAGCAGUCCACCUGGGAAAAACCAGAUGAACUCAAAUCACCUGCAGAGCAAAUGUUCUCUAAGUGCCCAUGGAAGGAGUACAAGUCUGACACUGGAAAGCCUUAUUUCUACAACUCUCAGACUAAAGAGUCUCGCUGGACAAAGCCUAAAGAGCUUGAAGAUCUGGAAGCGAUGAUAAAGGCUGAGGAGAAUGGGACGGCAGAUAUCGCGGCUCCUGGCACGACUCCCACUCCUGUCCCGACUGUCACAGAAACAGCAGUGGCUGUGCCUGCUGUUGCAGAAGUUGAUGCUACCAUAGCAACGAGUGUUGCUGAAGAGCAGCAGCCUGCUCAGAUGCCUGUGCAGGUGGCUGAGGGAAGCAGUGAUGCAACUGUGACGUCAAUUGAGGACACGCCCAGCACCGAGACACAGGCCAGUAAUGAACCACCUAAAGAAGAGAGGCCGGAGCUGGUGAAGAAAGUGUACAAGUGGAACACAAAAGAGGAAGCAAAGCAGGCUUUUAAAGAACUGCUCAAGGAGAAGGGAGUUGCAUCGAAUGCAUCAUGGGAGCAGGCCAUGAAAUUGAUCAUUAAUGACCCUCGUUACAGUGCCUUGCCCAAACUGAGUGAGAAGAAGCAGGCGUUUAAUGCUUACAAGGUUCAGACAGAGAAGGAGGAGAAAGAAGAGGCCAGAAUCAAAUACAAGGAGUCCAAAGAGACGUUCCAGCGCUUCCUGGAGAACCACGAGAAAAUGACCUCCACCACCAGAUACAAGAAAGCUGAACAGAUGUUUGGGGAUCAGGAGGUAUGGAGCUGUGUUCCAGAGAGAGACAGACUUGAGAUCUAUGAAGAUGUUCUUUUCUACUUGGCCAAGAAAGAAAAGGAACAAGCUAAGCAGCUGAGGAAGAGGAACUGGGAGGCAUUGAAGAACAUUUUGGAUAACAUGGCCAAUGUCACAUACCGCACCACCUGGUCUGAAGCUCAGCAGUACCUGCUGGACAACCCAACCUUUGCUGAAGAUGAGGAGCUACAGAACAUGGAUAAAGAGGACGCACUGAUCUGUUUUGAAGAACACAUCCGUGCUCUGGAGAAAGAGGAGGAAGAGGAGAAACAGAAAGCCCUGCUGAGGGAGAGACGUAGACAGCGCAAAAACAGAGAGAGAUUCCAGAAAUUUCUGGAUGAACUGCAUGAGCACGGCCAGCUGCACUCCAUGUCAGCAUGGAUGGAGAUGUAUCCAACCGUCAGUGCAGACAUUCGCUUUGCCAACAUGCUAGGACAACCAGGCUCUACACCUCUGGACCUGUUUAAGUUCUACGUGGAAGACCUCAAAGCUCGCUACCAUGAUGAGAAGAGAAUCAUCAAAGACAUAUUAAAGGAUAAGGGCUACCUGGUGGAGAUCAGCACUAACUUUGAUGACUUUGGUUCAGUUAUUAGCUCUGACAAGAGAGCCACCACUUUGGAUGCAGGCAACAUUAAGCUUGCCUUCAACAGUUUACUAGAGAAGGCCGAAGCCCGAGAGCGAGAGAGAGAAAAGGAAGAAGCCAGAAAAAUGAAGAGGAAAGAAGCAGCUUUUAAGAGCAUGCUGAAGCAGGCCACGCCCCCACUGGAACCCGAAACUACAUGGGAAGCGGUAAGGGAUAGAUUCCUGAAGGAGCCUGCAUUUGAAGAUAUUACUCUGGAAUCUGAAAGGAAGAGGAUAUUUAAAGAUUUUAUGCACGUGUUGGAGCACGAGUGUCAGCACCAUCACUCCAAAACCAAGAAACACUCAAAGAAAUCCAAGAAGCACCACAGGAAACGAUCACGUUCUCGCUCAGGUUCUGAAUCUGAAGAGGAGGACUAUCACUCAAAAAAGAAAAAACAUUCAGCAUCCAAAUCUCCAUCCGAGCACUCGUCCUCAGGAGAAUCGGAGAGAAGUUAUAAGAAAUCCAAAAAACACAAGAAGAAAGGAAAGAAGAGGCGUCACAAGUCUGCUUCCCCUGAAUCUGAUGGAGACAGGGACCGAAAGGGACGAGACAAAGACAGGGACAAAGAGAACGAUAAAUCCAGAGCAAAGAAUCGUGGGGAAUCCAAACAGAAAUCUCCCAAGAGGAAAUCUGCUAAAGAAGAGGGAGGGUGGGACACGUCAGGCAGUGAAUUGAGUGAAGGAGAGCUGGAGAAAAGGAGGAGAACACUUCUGGAACAGCUAGAUGCACCAUAGACAUCCUUUUCUGUCUGUCUGUCUCUGUCUCACACCGAAAUAACAUUCCGUAUAAUGCUACAGUCAAACGGAAAACUCGGUGACGCUGUGCAUGGAGUAUUUUUCUCUCUCUCUGUCUCCCUCUUUAUCCACACUGACUGGGGAGAGCACAGGCAGUACACGAACUGUUCACUUCUAAGUACAAACGUUUUUUUUUUUUUAAAGCAACUCUGGAUCCAAUCCUGUUCACCUUAUAGUGUUUUGUUGACUUUACACAAUGUGUCUCAUUUUUAGGUAGUUGUACAUUCGUUUUGUAAUUGCUGACCGUUUGUGUUUCAAAUGAUUGUUUUCAUCCAGAAUAAAAAGACUUAAAGGUUUUUAAAGAAAUGGAUCGAUCUGCACGUUAUUUUGUGGGGAUAUAGUUAUUGCCUUAAUGGAAAUGAACUCGAUGGUUAUUUUAAACAUGCCAUACUAUCUGACAGUAAUAUGGAAUAAAAAUCCUAAACUAUCA